CUGCUGAUUUGUUCACAGAUCUGGAAAAUGCAUUUCAAGAGAAAAUCGAUGCAGCUUAUUUUGAAACCAGCAAGUACCUGCUGGAUGUUCUCAAUAAGAAGUACAAUUUACUGGAACACAUGCAGGCCAUGAGGCGCUACUUACUACUUGGUCAAGGAGACUUUAUCAGGCAUUUAAUGGACUUGCUCAAGCCAGAGCUUGCACGACCAGCUACAACCUUAUAUCAGCAUAAUCUAACUGGAAUUCUUGAAACGGCGGUGAGGGCAACUAAUGCCCAGUUUGAUAACCCUGAGAUUCUCAAACGAUUGGAUGUUCGACUUCUGGAGGUAUCUCCUGGGGACACUGGAUGGGAUGUCUUCAGCUUGGACUAUCAUGUUGAUGGACCAAUAGCAACGGUAUUUACACGUGAGUGCAUGAGCCACUAUCUAAGAGUAUUUAAUUUCCUUUGGAGAGCAAAGCGAAUGGAGUAUAUUCUUACUGAUAUAUGGAAAGGGCACAUGUGCAAUGCAAAGCUUCUGAAAAGUAUACCAGAGCUUUCUGGGGUGCUGCAUCAGUGUCACGUUCUGGCAUCAGAAAUGGUCCAUUUCAUUCAUCAAAUGCAGUAUUACAUUACGUUUGAGGUGCUUGAAUGUUCGUGGGAUGAACUCUGGAACAAGGUCCAACAAGCACAGGACUUGGAUCACAUCAUUGCAGCUCACGAAGUUUUUCUAGACACAAUCAUAGCUCGGUGCUUGCUGGAUAGUGAUUCCAGGGUACUUCUCAACCAGCUUCGAGCUGUUUUUGAUCAGAUCAUUGAGCUCCAGAAUGCCCAAGAUGCAAUGUACAGAGCUGCUUUGGAGGAGUUGCAGCUGAGGUUGCAAUUUGAAGAGAGGAAAAGACAGCGUGAGCUUGAGGGCAAGUGGGGUGUAACUGCGUCAGAAGAUGAAGAAGAGAGUAAAAGGAUGAAAGAAUUUCAAGACUCGAUACCCAAAAUGUGCUCACAGCUGCGAAUACUCACUCACUUUUACCAGGGAAUCGUCCAGCAGUUCUUGGUCCUGCUAACAACCAGUUCUGAUGAAAGCCUUCGGUUUCUUAGCUUUAGAUUGGACUUCAAUGAACAUUAUAAAGCAAGAGAGCCAAGGCUUCGCGUAUCCUUGGGCACCAGAGGCAGACGAAGCUCACAUAUGUGAAACAGCUGCGAAGGACUGCACCUCGGUAUCCGAAGGUUGUUGAACCUCUUAUUGGACAAGGCAAUCAGUGUUGACAUAAUACAGCCAAAUCGUGCGUGAUCGGUGUCUACCAUUUCUGCAGGCAACAUGUUUUCAGUCGUGUGAUUGUGUGACACUGUAUAGCAGAACGCAAAAAAGUAGGGUUUUUUUUACACUGACGUUUCUAGAAUUACCAGACUAAAUGGGCUGAUUGAACCUCUUCCAAUCAACUUCUUAAGUCAUCCUUUUAAACAAAUGCCAAUUUAAUUUGAAGCU